CUGAAUAGAGGCGUGGCUCCGCUCCCAGCCCUAGUCAGCUUUAGACGGCUUCUUCCUGCUUGUUGGUGCUUGGGUCAUGCUGCUAAUGGGGGUUCGUACCAAGUGACACCGGGGGUGGGGGACACAGCGAGGCUCUCAGCAACCCCUCGGUACAUUACACAGAACCACAUGAAAUUUCACAGAGUGACAGAACACAAGCUUUUUCCAAUUCAAACUUCAGGACCUCUCCUCCUGUUUCAGAAAUCUCCUGCAAAGCUUGUGGUAUCCGUUUUGCGGCAUGUGCUAGAAAGAACCCCUGCAUGGAUUGCAAGAAUUACUACUGUGCAGCAUGUCUAAUCCAGACAAACAAUGGCCAUUCCCUUUGUCAAGUAUGCAGAAGCAUCCGCUCCACAGCCUUUGACCGAGAUGAGUUGAUGAAGCUAAGAGUAAAAGACUUGCGGGAUUACCUAACUUUAAAAGACAUUCCCAUAGACCUUUGUCGAGAAAAGGAAGAUCUUGUACAGCUUAUUUUGUUUCAUAAACCCCCAGUUUUUAGUGCCGAUGGAACCAAUGUGCCUACUGCUAGUUCUAACCAAAGCACCACAAAUCAAAGAACAGAUUCCAGCUACACACCCGGGCACCCCCCUUACAAUACUUCAGCAGCAAACAGAACUGGUUCAUCCAAUGCCCAGGGCACAGCUGGAGAACAUUUGGUGGAUUCUGAAUCAUCUGACCCAGAGGAGAAUCUGGCACCUGGGAGGAGGGCAUCCCUCUCUGAUCUCACCUGUGUGGAUGACAUUGAAGCCCUUUCCGUGCGUCAGCUAAAAGAGAUCUUGGCCAGAAAUUUUGUUGACUAUAAAGGCUGCUGUGAGAAGUGGGAACUCAUGGAACGUGUUACCCGGUUAUACAAUGAACAAAAGGGUCUUAAGGAGAUGGCUGCUGCUGAAGCAGAAGGCAUUAAUGGUACAACAAGCGAAGAGAAUAUCUGCAAGGUCUGCAUGGACUCCCCUAUCGACUGUGUUCUCUUAGAGUGUGGCCAUAUGGUGACUUGCACCAAGUGUGGCAAGCGCAUGAGUGAAUGCCCUAUCUGUCGACAGUAUGUAGUGAGAGCAGUGCAUGUAUUCCGUUCCUGACUCCCUUAACUGCCUGGAUUACUAUUCUGCUUGGAACAGAAGGCAGCUUCAGCUAUACUUUUCCUUCAGGUAUAGUGCUGUAUCAGUGUCCAGCUGCCUGGAUAAAGAGAUUAUGGAGGACUGCCUUUUCCCCUUGCAACAUGUACAACAUUAAUGUGGAAUUUUUACUUUACAUUUAGACAUCUUUUGCACUUCUUUUCAAAAGUUCAUUUUGGGAACUUUUUACUCUUGUGAAUGUUCUGUAACCAGGGAUGCCAAACCUGCACCAAUUUUAAUAUCUGAUUCAGCAAGCAGUAAUUUACACCAGGUGUAGAGCUGUCACAUCCCUGAACAAAGGGAAAUCAUAUCCACACAUAGGCUUGAGCGUUUAUCUUCUGUGAAAUAACGGAGUUUCAGAUAGACAGGGUAAGUACAGGGUAAACAUCUGAUUUGUUUGGUAUUUGUCAAAUAUUUAAAUUUAAGAUUAUGGUAUGAUAAUGACCCAAGCAAAUCAUACAACCAUUCAGGUGACAAUGGCCUAUAUAUUUUUCAAAUAUACUUUUUAAAGUCUAAUUGGUGCCUUUCCCUGUUGCCUUAACCUCUAUCAUAAAUGAAGAGCUUUUAAGGAGAAAUCUGAGAGAAAGAAAUUGUUUUGUACUUUGAAAUUUAAUAUUUUGAUACAGCAUUUAGCAGUGACAUUUUUUUAGCGUUUUGUCUUUCCAUUUUAAAAGCUAUUAAGGUUAGGUAACAUAAAUAACCAAAUGGAUAAAGGUAAUAUGUUUAUACUGGAAGGACUGGUAAUUGUUCUUAAUACAAACUGUUAUUUUUAUUUUGUAUUUGCACUGCAAAAUUAUUUUCUUAUUGAGGACAAAAAUAUCACUGGAACAAAUGUGUCUAAAUCCUUAUUAAGGUGUUAUAAUUUUCUGAGCUUUUGUGUCCACAGCACUAUUAAAUUAAGGUGCAAUAAGGCUGCUUGUCAGUUCAUGGGAAACCAAAAAAUGAAGUUAAUAAAUCCAUCAGAGACUGGAGUACCAACCAACGUUGGACCAUUACUUUUAUUUUUCAGGGUAGGCACUGAGACCUACUCAUGAGGUACCAUUAUAGCAUUAUAGUUAAUGGUGCCCUUAUUAUGGCUUCUCUGUUUAGUCUGAGACAUGCUGGCAUAGUGUCAGUUUUUUGUUCGUAUUUCUGAAAGCCAGGGGUGUAGAGUGAUGAUAAUCCUUGCACAAGCUGCAGUAUAUAGAAAUUAUGGUUUCCCUGGUUCUCUAAAGACACAUAUUUUGAAGAAUUUAGGGGAAAUGUAAAUUGGGCUAAACAGGGAAGUAAAAAGAAUAAUAGAGCAACAGUUAGUGAUUGUUAACGUUUUUCUCAGGGAACCCAAAGUUUAACAAUCUGCUUUGCAACCUAAACAUUGAUUUAUAACCAUAUAGUCACCCUGUUUUAAUAAUUAUAUUUAACUGUGGGAAAAAAAUCGGUGACUCAUGGAGACCCAAACUGAGAAUCCCUGUUUUAAGAUAUAUGGGCAUCACAACAUUAUUUGCAAACCUUAGUUGGCGUUGCCUUGCUUGUUCUGAUAGAACAUUUAUUGAAUUACCUCCUUAGUCUCAAGCACUUUUGGAGGAAAUGCAUGUUCUGGGAAGCACUUUUUUUUAAUAAUAGUUUUUAUAGCAAAAAAUGUGGUCCUUAAGAUUCUUUUCGAAUGUGAUAAAACUUUUUUAGGUUUGCAUCAGUUUAAAAUCUAUAAAAGCCCAUUUACUGAGCUAUGGUACUUUGGCUGCUGGCUGAAAAUAUCAGUUAUAGAACCAUUCAUAUCUAUAUAUGGAAUUCUUAUAUCAUGCUCAGAUUUAGGCAUAGUAUAAUCUCUGCAUCAACUAGUACAAAUAAAUCAUAUCAAAAAUGGUUUCAGCUAAGGCAGUCUUUUAAUGGGGACAUGAUCUUAUUUUAUUUAAUAUGUUAAAGGAGAAGGAAGGAAAAAAGUGAUUGUAAUUGCUUACCAGGACUGGCUAUUCAUUCAUGCAUGAGGCCAAGGCCCAGUAAUUCUGAGCACAACCUCUGUGUCAUUCAUCCCCUGGAUCUGUUUUAACUUGUUAUAUAGCACAGUACACAGGGCAGAUACUUGAUUUGGGACUCUGAAAGGUAGUAAGGUAGCAAUGUAAAUCUAGAUCAAAGGUGAAGAAGCAUAAGUCAAGCACAGUUCACUGACACAUUGGUUUGCUGUGCCCAUCUGUUCAAAUUGAAGUUGGGGUGAAAGGCAGCAGCACUGGAUCCCUAUUUUCUCGAAUUUUCUCCAGUCUAAAUUUCUGUGUGACCCUAGCCUUAAUGUACCCUCAUGCACCAUAUGGCACAUUUAUUUACAAACAUGUAAAUAAAUUUCACAGUGAUGCUAAACUGAGAAUAUAUUUAUAUUAAAACUUUUAAGUGCCACCAAAGGUAGAAUUUAUGACACCCAAUAAUAGUUGCUCUGCAAUGUAGCCACUGCUAUGGUGUGCCAGGUCAUGCUUCACUAUCCUCUAUUAAUAGACUAAAGAAUUAUUGACAUAUUAUGCCAGUCAGGAAGCCUUUUAUAAUACAGAGUAUAACUUUGAUAGAGCUAUUUCUGUCUAUUGUACACAGAUUAUUAAUUAUAGGUGGAGACGCAGUCAGAGAGCCCUCCUAAUUUUUCAUAGCCUUACGUCUAGAGGCCUUAACAACAAAAUGGGUUAUUUCGCACAUCAUAUUACCACAAGAAGGCUCAGUAACAUUGUCAAAAAUACUGAUGCAAAAUGACAUGAAAACUAUGCUCUAUAACCAUAGUGCACAGAGGCUGGCGGGACUGUUUAUAGUGUAGUAAUUAUAAAUUCAUAAUAAGUGAGACACCAGCUAAGCAUAGGUACCUGUUUUCCUUUACAGUGACAAAUAACAAUGUUCUGCUUACAAAAUGUGUGCUGAGUAUCAUAUCUGCAAAACUUACGCUGUCCACUUAAAUUCUGAACAUGCUGCAAUGUCUGAUACCUUUAUUCUGAAUAUGGUUCACAAGGGGUAUAUGGUAUAUAUAUUUAAUUAAUUCUUAUAUAAAUGAGGACUGUUCAGUACUCUACCAUUCAUAUGUCUCCUAUUCGGGGAACAUGUAUAGAAUGGCUCUUACACAGCACUCAUGGUACCGAUAAUGUAGAGCCAACAAGUUCAUUUGAAGUGCAGAAUCCUCCUUGAGCUACAUUGAGGUGAUACUGUGCUCUCAGCUGCUGUCUGCAAUGGACUGGUUCUGAAAAGGGCUUAACCUGUUAGCUGGACUCAUGGGUACUACAUUUCCUUUGGCCUUUUGUGCCUUUGAUUGUAAAUUAAAGUUUGGCUUGUUAAUAGUCCAAUAAACUUGGGUGCUCUGGGGAUAUUUGUAAUGAAAGAGAAAUGCUUUAUUUUAUUUUGUAAUAAAGCUAUAAUUGAUUUUAA